CGGAGCGGAGCCCACCCAUUCCUCCCCAACCUCCCACGUGUUUCCUCCUUUUCCCCGAUUCACCUGCCGCCAUGAGCACACCAUGCGCCGCCCCACCGCCGCUCCCAGCCACCGUGCCACCCCGCCCCAGAUCCUGCCGUCGCAGCGCCCCCACCCACGGAUCUGGCUGUCGCGCCUCCCCGCUCCAACCCCAGCUUUCGGCCACGCGCAAGACUCCAUCUGGCGGCGCCACGGCGACCUCCACCAACCAACCUCCGCUCGUCGGGAUCCUUCGGCUGCGCGACAGCCACCAACCCGUGUCCCAAGACGCCGGGAUCCUGCCACCGCGCGACCCUCCUCCACCUUCCACUGUGACCUUCCUCCACUUGCCACCACGACCUUCUCCCUUCCGCCGCGCGCCCAUCGCCUCCGGCGGUUCCGCCUGCAUCACCUCCACCUCUCAUUGCCAGCCCCCGUGUGCGGCUCCCUCCAGUUCCCUCUGCGCCCGCCUCCAGCUGAAUUUCCCCAUCCCUGCUUCCUCCCGGCCCCGACGUCCCUGGUGUCGGCCACGUGCAUCACCCCCAGACACACACCUCUCGGCGAGUGGAGCUCCCGCGUGCCGCCGCGUGGAUGUAAUUACCACUGCCUCCCAGCACGCAGAUCGAGCCAUGGCCGGCGAGAUCGACCACGGCUGCGGCCUGAGUGCCCAUCCAUUCCUCCCCUGUAGCUUCCUCUCCUUCCUCGUCGUUGUCACCUGCUAUUGGUUCCACGCCACGAGCUGACCCGUCUCAGGCCAGCGUCCCUGCGCCCAGCCGCUAACCGGUGACAUGGUCGCCCGCUGCCGGCCUCCUCCGUCACGCUCGUGAGCUUCUCCUCGCCGACCAGUGGUGAUUCUCAAGCUCCCUACGAUGAUCAGCACGGAGAAGCCAGCACACAAGGGUGUCAGCACCGUGGAGGCAGGGAGCUUGCUUGCCUUGAAGAUGACAUGAAGGAAGAGACUAUAAUUGUCGCACGUUCAUGAAGCCCUUGACUCAAGCAUCAAAGAGAAAUUAGUUGUUUAAGUAGCGGUGGAGGAAUAUGUGUGUCGAUGCAUGAUUUGAG